AUGCAGAAAACGUCGAAGAGCGAGGGCAAGUACUACAAUUCACUUCCACCAGUAAGCAAGGCAUAUGGGACAUUGUGUUUCUUUACCACAGUGCUGGUUCAGCUCCAGAUACUAGACCCAGGCCUUCUUUAUUUAUCUUAUCCCCAUGUGUUCAAGAGUUUUCAGAUAUGGAGGCUAUUUACAAGCUUCUUUUUCCUCGGCAAGUUCUCCAUCAACUUUGGUAUUCGCCUUCUGAUGAUAGCAAGAUAUGGUGUGCAGUUGGAGAAGGGUUCAUUUGAGAAGCGGACAGCAGAUUUCUUGUGGAUGAUGAUAUUUGGUGCAAUCUCGUUACUGGUACUGUCUGCUAUUCCCUAUCUCGAGACUUAUUUGUUGGGUAUUCCUAUGGUUAGCAUGCUUCUUUAUGUCUGGAGCCGAGAGUACCCAAACUCUCAGAUAAGCAUGUAUGGCCUCGUCCAAUUGAGGUCAUUUUAUCUACCAUGGGCUAUGCUUGGAUUGGAUGUGAUAUUUGGCUCUCCAAUAUUGCCUGGCCUUUUGGGCAUUAUGGUUGGACAUCUGUACUACUUCUUUACAGUGUUGUAUCCGCUAGCUAGUGGAAAGAACUACCUCAAGACUCCUAUGUGGGUACACAAGAUUGUUGCUCGAUUCAGGUUGGGCGUGCAGGCAAACUCUCCAGUCCGGCCAGCUAACACAGGCCCUACUGCCUUCAGAGGAAGAGGCUAUAGACUCAAUCAGUAG